GGGGUUAUAUGUGGGUAACAUACACACAUUUAAAUUGGGGAAUGUGAUACGGCAUGGGGUAUUGCCAGAUGCCCCAAGUGAAAUGAAAGAUCUCUCUUCCUUAAGAGAAACAGCGGUCAUCUUGCUUGCUGUAAUUUUUCACAUAAUGUUAAGCCAUGAAAUAGUGUUUCCUGUGAUGUAUUUUCUUACCAUGAUCAAGAGUGUUUCAGUCUUGUGCCCCAAUGGAGAGUGUUUGUCCUAUUGAAAGAAAAAUAAUCAGAUAAGAUCAAACCUACUUUGCGGAUCGUAGCCUUGUAAGGUUACUGAAUUCUUUGGUACUCUCCAAGUUCUGGAUAAAUUGAACCAAUAUGUUUUCAUUUCUGUUGGUGAAACAAGGUAACUGGAAGGGCUGUUCGGCAGAUUGCCUCCCUAACUCUGGAGGUUGAGACAUACGUGAAUUUUCCCAAUCUUAAUUACUAUUCCUGUAUAAUUGCAUACAGACUGUAAUUUAUCUCAAGGUAAGCUAUUUAAAGCUCUUUCUAAUUGGAAGGAGUAUACUUGAGUGAUUAAAUCUUUCCUUCAAUAUUUCUUACAUCUCUUUAAAUUGGUUAUUAGAUUGUUGUGAUCUUUGCCUUCUACUCAAGCCUUUUGGAAAUCAUUACACAAUUUGCAAUAAUCAAUUCAAUUAUACAUGGAUCAAAGAAUGAAAAAGAAAAGCUUAUGUUCUAGUAUUGUCAUUCUUGAUACUGUCCUAAGAAGCUGGUUUGGUAAGCACAUGCUGGGAGGUUUUCUCCUUUGUUCUCUCUCCUUUUAAGAAAGUGCCUUUGGGGAUUGAAGAGAUCCCCGGUGUGUUUCUUGUUAGACACAAUUUAUACCAUUAUAAAAAAAAAAAAAAAGUGAGCCAAGAGUUUGAAUGAAAAUUCAUAAUAGCAUUUCCACACAAUGGUGAUGAAAACAAGCCAUUUAAAAGCACGCAGUGGGGAAAUACCCCUCCCCUAAAUACGGGGAAGCAGAUUUGUGGGGGGGGAGGCUGGCAGCACGGCUCUCAGGUGGUGCUGCUAUCAGUGACAAAUGGAUCUCUGGUGUGGAAAUGCGGUUGUUAAGUUGCGUUGUCGAUGCUAAUAAGCGUAAGCUACCUAUUUUGGUAUUCAAUUAGAAUUUUACUCUUCUGUAUUAUGAGCUAUUUUUGCCUAAUCCUUUUAUAAGUUGCUGGGGUUGCGUGUUUCUGCGAUUAAAGGCAAUAUAAUCCACUUUUCAUUGUGAAGUGAGUCCUGGAUUACGUUAUUUUCAUGCCAGUAAUUUGGUGUGUGUCGGUAUCGCUGUGUUUUUAACUGUAUUGUGGUCUAGGUAUCACUUCUCAGGCUUUUCUCCUCAGCAUUGGCGUUGCAGAUAUCAGAUGGAUAAAAUUGGCAGCUGAGCAUCACUGUUGAGCUGUCAAAAUCCCAAUCCGUAACACUUCUUUAUUGCCGAUAAGGACAGAUUGCUCGUUGUGUACACGUAAAUACAGUGUCAGCACAUUUCCAGUAAAAACCCCUCCCAGACGCCAGGGGCCAUCCUGGAAGUGUUUGUGGGCUGUGCAAAUGAAGUUUGUAUUUAUUGCCACUUGUGAGAAGGGGGAGAGGAUAACCGCCGGUUGCUCCAAGUAUCUCUGUUUUGGUUACAAAGAGAUUCAGCAAUCACAGUUAAAAAGCUCAGAUGGGAAGAGAUGGGCUGGGGCAGGAGCACCUAAUGUAGCUGUGUUCUCCAGGAGUAAGAGCCAAGCGUCAGCUGGGUGGGGGAGUGCUCAGGGCUGCAUGGCCGCUGAUGGGAAUGGCUACGGAUCAGGUGCAUGAGGGAUACUUAAAAGCAUCCCUUGGAGCUGGAUUGGGGCAGUUAAGAUUUCUUCAGAUAGCGAAGUUAUUUAUGGGGAUGGAGAUGAUGGAUAUGGUUUAUAGUCUGACCUGUGCUUAUGCAGAGCGCAGAGAUAAGUGCGGACUUGUCACUAAUGUGUUUGGCAUGGCGGGUUUUAUUUCCUGUAAUCUGUUCUUGUAGAAGUCAACAUCUGAUCAUUUUUCUCUUCAGUGCUGUUACAGUGGAAAGCAAAACAGAACUUGUAAACACUUGAGGCUCGAGUGCUGCCUGUAACUGUUCAGAGAUACCCAGCCCUCUCCAUGGCUGCCAGCACCUUGCUGCUGCGUGGCCCCGGAGCCACGCUCAUAACCUUGUGCUGGUGGGGAUGCUGGUGUGGGAGCUGAGCCCCAGGGCUGUGGGCUCCAUUGGCACAGGGGUCUCAUCUAAAAGAGCUGAAUUUGGGGUAACUGUCCCUGCCUUACUGUGACUCAGUGUUUUCAACAGGUAGCUUAUGGACUUUUUUGUAUUACCUGUUGUUCCAAAGGGUUUGUGGCUGGGAAAUGGAUGGACCACUUGCAGCUUUUCUCUUACAGGGUGAUACUGGUGUUUGGCUCUUUGGCCCUUUGCUUCCUGCAACAUUGAGUUGUCUCAGCAUUGACUGUUUACUUCUGCUGCUGUGCUUUCACUUGAGAAAAUUCUGCCUAGAUGUGAGAUGCUACAGGUGCUCCUUUCUAGUGGGAGACCCUGCUUUAUGGCCCCCCACAAAAGUAAAUUAAAAUCUGAAGAAAGCCAGGAGUGAAGAAUGCAAACCCGGUUCUGUGUUUAAAAAGCUGUCGAUCCGUACUGUGUGUGUUCUGCAGUUAGCUCAUGCUGUCCUUGGUAAGCAGGAACUUCACCUCUGGAGAGCAUAGAAAGGAGAAAAGUUUGUCCUGUUCUUAGGGGGAGUGAAAAAGGGAAAACAUUGUUUGGGUGACUGCUGGGACACACACUUGGCAGCCUUGGAGUCCUCUCAGUCCAGCUCAGGUACUGCUUGUCCCAUUGCUGUGUCACUAUUCCAGCUCUGUGUAGGCUAGGACGUGCUCGGAGUGUUGGUUUGGGCCUUUUGAAGUGGGAGUAAUUGGAUUUUACGAUGCAAAAAUUGCAAGUAGUACCUUCAAUGGUAGUCUGUUCAUGAAAUUAAAUGCAUUUCUUAAGAGCAGAUUCUUUUGCUAGUAAAAAUGGUGGGGGGUGUGAGGAGAAGAAAGGACUUGUAGUAGCUUACAGAAGGGUGUUUAUUUCUGUAACUUGGUGCUGUCAAAGCUAUUUUGAACAGCUGUAAGUCACUGCCAAAAAUGUGUCCAUUUCGGAGUAAAUGGGAAACUUUGGGGCUACAACGAAAAGUAAGGGAUCUUAAACCUUUGAAAACAAGAAUAUUUGGAGUUAAGGAUGCGUGGGAUGGGACAUACCGACUUAACCAGCUUUAUUCCAAUCUUGCAGAAUGUUCCAUAGCAGGUAAUGCUAUUCUGUUGCUCCGUGCGCUGUGGUACAAGGCUUUCUAUUGUCAUUUCUCUUCUUCUUUUGCUGAUGCUCCCAUGUCUGAUUUAGGAAUUUCUCAGCUCUUUGCUUAAUCUUAGUCUCCUGCUGGUAUUAGAGGUGCUGCAUCCCUGCUGUUAUGUUAGCAUGUACUGAAGGGAUACCAGAGCACUCCAUAGACAAGCACUGUAUCCCAAAAUUGAAGGAGAGUGGGAACUAGCAGAAGGUGAGUAUUGCAGCGCUUGUCUAGUGUGAAAGAAAUGGAAAACUAGUAUGUAACUACCCAGGGGUCAACCUAAGCUUGACCUUUAGAGGAAACAAUAUAUGAGAAGCUUAUACAGGAAGUGACAUGAUAAGUAAUGGAAAAGGAGCAUCUUAAAGCCAUUGCUUGAUGCAAAUAGAGCAUGAAGCUGUGCGGCAAAGACCAUGUGGUUAUGCUAGAGUUUACUUAGCAUGCAGCGAUGGUGUUACUCAUUUAUGCGCAUCACUGAAGAUUGCUCUGUAGUGAAGUUCUCUGGUUUUGUUUAGGAAAUGGUAAUGAGCUUCCUGGAUAUAUGCUAUUAGCCAUGUGUGAGUUCUGCUUCCACCUGAGCUGCACGGGCUGCAGGCAGUGCUUCAGUUGCCAGAUUCCAUCCUAGAGGUCUGUUUUAACAGCAAGACAGAGUAAGAAAAGGAGAGUUUUAGUCUUCGCCCUGCUCUGGGGCUGAUACACAACCAGCUGCUUUUCCAGAGCAGUAAGCUGUGAAGCAGCUCUUUAUCUCUGUAGAUCUUUUCCUUCACCAUGUUUUACGUGUUUAUAGUGUAUACAGAGUGCUCUUUCCCAGUUUCCAGCCUGGGUCUGGUCUGUCAUGCUAAAUUCAUCAAGCUGAGAGUUCAGAAGGACUCUCCUGUUAGUUUUUCCUAAGUGUUGCUUUCAGUUUGACACUUACUUGCCUCCUUGAUCCCGACAGUAGAUUGUAUGGUACUUCAGGUUGAGUGGCCGCCUAGAAGCCCCCAGUCCAUCUCCUGCUCAGAGUGGGUUCAGCUGCGAGGUCAGAACAGGCUAGGCAGCGCUUUAUCCCAUCUAGCCUUUAAACCCUUGGAGAUGGAGACUGUGUGACCUCUGUGAGCCAUCUCUUUCACUGCGUAACCGUUCUGUGGUGAAAACCGUGUUUCUUCAUAUCCAGUCCUAACCUUUUGUUUCCGCUGUGCUCUUUGUCUUGCACCCUGCUGUGUACCCCUUUGACAAGCCUGGCCCCGUCCUGUUGUGCGUGCUGGAUGGGUAAUGGAAAUGUAGGAGCAAAUCAUUACCAGCCUCAGAAAGGUGCGCAGCUGAACACUGAGACCGCCUGUUGAUACUUCUGGAAAAGUUGAGAGAUGCUUCAAAGAGCUGGACUUCAGAAGUGGCCAGUCUUCUGUUGGAGGUGGUGGCAGGUGGCCGGCACGUCUUCACCAGCAGGCUUGGGAAGGUUCUUGUCUAUUCUGAAAGCUGCUAUACGAAGCUCCCCUGCUCUUUCCUCCAAACCCACUCCAAUUAAAUACACGGUUAUAAAGCAGGCUGAAAGCUGAGCACCUUCUCCUUACUGCUUCCUCGCUUUCUGAAGGUGCAUCCCUUAUGGCUGUAACCCAUAUGUGCAGACACAUAGUAAAUGUUCUCAGAAUCUGUGCUGGGCUAGAGCUGAGUCACAAUCUUCAGGCAAAGGUGACGGCAGAGGGAAGGUAUUCGGAGGCAGGUUUGUGCUUAAUAAGGCAGCCGUUCAGCUUUUCAGCUGGAAACAUCACCAGUUAGCAGGCAGAGUAGAAUGUGGGAUGGAAACAGCAGCGAACCUGGUUUUGCUUGGCAAUUCAGCAGAGGUGCAGCUAUUUAGUUGUUUAUUUUUAAUCACCUAAGCAGAAGUCGACUCCGGUAGGGAUAAUACCUUCGGUUCAGGUAAAGAUCUGUAAUCUGAGCUGCAAAAGUGAGUUGCAAGAAAGUUGUGUGGAUGGGAAUGUUUUCUGCUAUAUUCAUUCCUCAUACUGUUUCUUGAGACUCCCUUGACAAAAUGAUCUCACUUUUGUGCAGAUGUUGUAUCUUGUUUCCCCGGUGCAAAAUAAGAGCCUUUCAAAGAGUCCAAGUAUUUGUGUAGAUUUUCAGCUUAUUGAAAAAUCUGUUAGGGACGGCUCUGCUCAGGCUAUCUAUGGAGUUGUUAGCACACCUAUAAAUACAUCGCACCAAAAUGAGAAAUGGAGAAACUUCAGCAGUGGUACAGAAACAAAGCUGUUCUUUUCCUUAGGUUCCAUGUUGAUUUAGCAGUAUCUCAGCGGGGAAUCUGCUGAGGCCACUUGAUGGCAGGGCUUCAAAUUUUUUUAAUCAAGUAUCAGAACUGUUGUCAGUUUGAAUUACAAGGACUUCAGAUAAUAUUUUUCUAAAGGGAGUACACCCAGGUUUUCAUACAGUUCGUAAUUUUCACUCUUACCUCUUUGCUGUUAGGAUCUGACUCUUUCAGUUGAGAGGUAACGUUUGUAUGAGAGCUCUUGACAAUGUCACUUGGAGUUCUGAGGAAACGGCUGAGAAUAGAGAUGUGCUCCAAACGCAAGUUAAAGAGUGUGAGACCGAGGGUACCUUUAGCUCAGCUUUGUUUCCUUCCAGCCUCCAGAAGUGAAUGUAUAGAGAAGACAAACAAGGGGGCAAAUAUGAGAGAUAAGUCCCACCUUCCUACAGAGCUCUUGCAGUCUGGCUCUCGCCAGCUCAGCCCUCUGACCCUGCUGGGGCUGCAGGCUGGGCGAGCCGGAAUGAGUCCUUCCCCGGUGCUCACACAGGUUGCUCCUGAGCAUGCAUAUGCUGCCUCUGUUCCCAGCGUUGCAAUGGGAAUUUCUGUUGUUCUGCUGCUUGCUGCACAGAGGCCCUUCUCAUUUUGUUUGGAGUCUGGUUCUGUCCAGCUUCAUGCACUGAUCACUCUUGUGUGUCACUAAAGAGGCUGAACAGCUGAUCCCUGUCCUCUCUGCUCAUGCUGCAUGUGGUUCUAUGGGCUGCUGUCGUGUCCAUCCCUGCGUUCUCUGUUUUCAAGGCUGAAAAGUCUUAGCUUUUGCCAAAUGAGUUCUGUCAUCCUUCUGCGAACCUUGUCACUUCUAACAUUUAUGGGUUUUUAAGAUGAGACAACCAAAGCCAUCUACACUUCGAUAUCUGGGUGAACCAGGGAUUAAUAUAGCAAGUAAUGGUUUAUCAUGUUCUCUAUUUCUUUUUGAAUAAUUUCUAACAAUAACUUGUGUGCUUGACUGCAACUGAGCUGGUGUUGCCAUGUGUCUGUUUGUUGAGGGGCCAGAAGCUGCUCUGGGGCUGGGAAAGGUCGCUCAGAGCCCAUUGCUGCUUAUGCCGAGCUCAGUCCAUCUGUCUCCAUAGGCAUCACGUUACGUUUACAUGUGUUGAAUUGCUCUGGCACUCAAUCUCCUGGGAUCUUUUGGUGUUUCCUCAGUGUGCCUUCAUCCUUAUGACCAUGUCGUAUUGUCAGCAACUUUGUCACAGCUGAUCACUUCGUUUUCUAGGUCACUAACAAGCAGGUUAAGCUGCAUGUGCCAGCGUGGGCCCCUGCAGAACUCCAUGCAUGACCUUCCUCUAUUGUUUUAACUUGGAUAGGAUUGUAAUAGAAGAACUUUGAAUAGCAAACUAGGGAUCUCUGGCCUGUUUAAAAAAACAAAAAAGCUGUAAGAAUACCUGGCUUGUGUGUGUGGACUGGAUUUUCAGAGCUUCUUUCAACCUGUGCUAGUCAGUUGUUUUUAAACAUACGUACAACUGAGGAGGUGCCCAGCUGUUUGAAGGGGAAGCAGAGAUGUGUUGAAACUUGUUGCCUAUGUUCAGUUAAUUAGAAAUGCUUUUUUUUUUUUUUUUUUUAAAGGCAGCUUUGUUUUUCAGCCUACAUUCUCAUAGCUUAGUAAAGGACUUGAGCUCUGUGUUAGUGGAUUAACUGCAUUGGCUGCUUUGUUCCUCAGUGCCUCUGGUUGUAUUUUUUCCUGAAAGAUGGUUUUUGCUACUUUUGGGAUACAGGCUGAGCCAGACUGGGGAAAUAAUGCACAGCUUACAGCAUCCUUACCUGGGAGGAAGCUACAUGUUAUCUAGUGAGCCUGCCGGGAGACAGAAGGAUGGAGGCACUUCAUUGUAAAGUGCUGGGCUGAAACCCAGAAAAUCCUGCUUUUGUCAGGAGAUCCUAAAUCUUUUUUUUUUUUUCCUUAAUGCCUUUGGUCUGUAUAUGUGAAAAGGGACAAACAGAGUAUAAAUUCAUGAGCAAGUGAGAGUCAUGCAGAUGACAUUAAUGAGCUACAGAAGGCUUGUAUAUAUGCAAAUUCCUCUUGAGAGUCGGAUUUGGAUGAGUGCUGUUAAUGAGGUGGGGCAGUGGUUCGGCCACCAAAGAUUAAAUAAGUGGGGCAGUGGCUGCAGCAUUGCCCCCUGUGCUCCAUGGGGAGCAAGGAGAGCUGUCUGUGGGCACUGCUGCAGAAAGGCAGAGCGUCUCUAUUCUCACUUGGUCAGGGUUUCCAUGGAAGUCUGAACUGUGCUAUCAACGUUUUCUUAGGCAGCUCUUUUAUGGAGAAAGCCAAGUUAAACGUGGUAUCGUUUUUGGAGUUUACUUGCAGAGUUAUAAUGUAUUUUAAAUCGUAGGUGUGGCUGAAACUUGGCUAGUUUGGGAAAAAAAAAAAAAAAACCUUCAUUCCAUCAGGCAGUUUGUUUCCAUGCAGGGCAGGGGGUUAUUGUGUGAAUAGAUUAAACUAAUCCAGCAUUAUUUUGACUCUGAGAAGAAUCCAGUGGCAGCGGAGGAUGCCGAUGGCACGUGGCAUGGAAUGUCCCUUUGCACUGAGCACGGUUCCUUGGUGUGUCUCCUUAGGCUGGCUUUGGAAGGAGCGUUUCUGUCUGUGCUGUAUAUGGGCCAGGAAAAUAUUGCAUAGAGGAUGUAUUCUUAGCUUUCUAACACCGCUGAGCGUUUUGUCCUGGGAUUAAUCAUUGCUAACUAACGCGUUCUUAAGCACUGCCUGCUUGUCUUUGAGCCUGCAGGUAACAGUGCAGUUAAUUGAUGUAAAAAUAUGUUUGUCCAUUAUAGACAGCACUGGAAGGGUUGGGAGAACAGAGCAGCCCUAGUUCUGAGGGGUGCAGCAGGAAUGUGGUUUUAGGAUCACUCUGUGGGAGUCUGGAUACAUCUCUACACGCUGUCACUGGCUGGUGUCAUUGGAACUGAUGUCUUUAUCUUCUUUUGAGUGCUGAAGAAAAGCAGGAAGGUCUGCUUCCUCUCCUUGUGGCCAUUGGCAGCAUGUUCACCCAUCUUUGACGUUGGUAUUUUUUAUCCAGGUACCGAUUUCUCCUCUCCAAUAAUAAAUGACACUUUAAAAUAGAGGUGUCUCAAUAUCUGAUGUAAAUAUGAAUUCCAUGUCAUGUUGCUGCGUGGUAUAAAAUUUUUGAUAUUUAAUGCACCUGUACAGUUAGGAAUGCGUUAGAUUUUAGAGUACAUUUAAGUAGUCAGACCUGUGAUUUGUAUUCCAUGUUGUGCUGUGAUGGUCAGUCAAUACUUCAUCAGAGUUUGGUAAAUUCGCUUCUCUUGGCUUAGUGGGUACCCACACGUGGUUCAGGCAUGGCUUUCUUGUUGGCACUUCAUUGGUAUGUUGUUUCUCUCUAUUCUAGAUCUCGUCUCAACAAAAAAAAUGAGCCUAGAAUAGCAAAUGGUAAUGAGCCUUAGAGUUUCUGAGCUGCAAGUACUUCUGGGCUACGCAGGGAGGAACAAGCACGGACGAAAACACGAACUUCUCACGAAAGCACUGCAUUUGUUAAAGGCUGGCUGCAGUCCUGCUGUACAAAUGAAAAUCAAAGAACUCUACAGGCGAAGGUUCCCCCAGAAAAUCAUGACGCCCGCAGACUUAUCUCUCUCCAGCGUACACCCAAGCUCCAUGCCAGCAACUUUGUCUCCAUCUACCAUUCCACAGCUCAGUUACGAUGGCCACCCCGCCACGUCACCAUUGCUCCCCGUUUCGCUUCUGGGACCUAAACAUGAACUGGAACUCCCCCACCUCACAUCUGCGCUCCACCCUGUCCAUCCCGACAUCAAACUUCAGAAGUUACCUUUUUACGACUUGUUGGAUGAGCUGAUAAAACCUACCAGCCUAGCAUCAGAUAACAGUCAGCGAUUUCGAGAAACCUGCUUUGCAUUUGCACUGACGCCACAGCAAGUGCAGCAAAUCAGCAGUUCAAUGGAUAUUUCUGGGACCAAAUGCGACUUCACAGUACAGGUCCAGCUAAGGUUUUGUUUAUCAGAAACCAGUUGUCCACAAGAAGAUCACUUCCCACCCAAUCUGUGUGUGAAAGUAAAUGGGAAACCAUGCAGCCUUCCAGGCUAUCUUCCACCAACCAAAAAUGGUGUUGAACCAAAGCGACCUAGCAGACCAAUCAACAUUACCUCACUCGUCAGAUUGUCUACGACGGUACCAAACACAAUCGUUGUUUCGUGGACUGCAGAAAUUGGAAGAAACUAUUCCAUGGCGGUCUAUCUCGUAAAGCAGCUGUCCUCUACGGUGCUACUGCAGAGGUUACGAGCGAAAGGAAUACGGAACCCCGAUCACUCGAGAGCGUUAAUCAAAGAGAAACUGACUGCAGAUCCAGACAGUGAAAUAGCAACAACAAGCUUAAGAGUUUCUCUUCUUUGUCCACUUGGUAAAAUGCGGCUAACUAUACCAUGCAGGGCUCUGACUUGUUCGCACCUGCAGUGUUUUGAUGCCACUUUAUACAUUCAGAUGAAUGAAAAGAAACCAACUUGGGUUUGCCCUGUCUGUGACAAGAAGGCUCCCUAUGAACAUCUCAUUAUUGAUGGGUUGUUCAUGGAAAUCCUCAAGUAUUGUACAGACUGUGAUGAAAUUCAGUUUAAGGAGGAUGGCUCAUGGGCUCCUAUGAGAUCGAAGAAGGAGGUGCAGGAAGUAACCACGUCUUACAAUGGAGUUGAUGGAUGCAUAAGCUCUUCCUUAGAACAUCAGGUGUCUUCUCACCAGCAAUCAAACAAAAAUAAGAAGGUAGAAGUGAUUGAUUUAACCAUUGAUAGCUCGUCAGAUGAAGAGGAGGAGGAACCAUCUGCAAAGAGAAGCUGUCCUUCCAUAUCUCCAGCAUCGCCAAUAAAUAAUAAAGGCAUUUUGAAUUUACCCCAUCAAGCAUCUCCUGUGUCAAGAACACCAAGCCUUCCUGCUGUUGACACCAGUUACAUCAACACAUCGCUUAUCCAAGACUACAGGCAUCCAUUCCAUAUGACACCUAUGCCUUAUGACUUGCAAGGUUUAGAUUUCUUCCCUUUCCUGUCAGGAGACAAUCAGCAUUACAACACAUCCCUUCUUGCCGCUGCAGCUGCGGCAGUUUCCGCAUCAGAUGAUCAAGAACUCUUACACUCUCGUUUUUUCCCAUACACUUCAUCUCAGAUGUUUCUCGAUCAGCUAAAUGCAGGAGGAAGCAGUUCUCUGCCAGCCACAAACGGUAGCAAUAGUGGCAGUAACAGCAGUCUUGUUUCCUCCAACAGCCUGCGAGAGAAUCAUGGUCAUCCAGUUGCAAGUAGGAGCGGCGCGGACACGGCGUCUAUCUUUGGUAUCAUAUCAGACAUUAUUUCGUUGGACUGAUUUUUGGAGAAAACGAACUUGUCAGAGGAAGUCUUUGUGCUUGGUUUUACUUUAUGUUAGAAACAUAGACAGGUUUUUUUCCUUUUUUAGGGAAAAAAAUUUACAUGUACAGAGAACAAAACUAUAUUUUCAGUUUUACUUUUGUAUAUAAACCUAAGAUGGCCUCACUGAUAAAAAUAACAAAAAAAGAAAAAAAAAAAAACAACACAAAGCAAAACACACACACAAAAAAACCCACAAAAACAAGGAACUUCGAUUUUCUGGAUGCUGAAGAUUCUACACCUGUGCAUUUGUCAUGUGAGUUACUUUUUUUGCCCUUAGUUUGGACACAAAUGGCAUUAUUUUCUUCACAGUAACAUAAAUGGGAGAAGGAACUGAACUUCUGAAGUUCAAACUUCUAGGGUUUUUUUCUUUUUCUUUUUUUUUUUUGCCUCUUGGAGACAUCUAUAUUUGGUGGUGGAAUGUAAUUCCCCCAUCCCAUUUUAGUGCAGAUUUUGUUGUGCUUGAAGUGGAAUAAACCCUCCCCAGCCUGUUCCGCACCGUUCCCUCAGUUUGCAGUAUGUAGCCUUUCAGGAGUGUUUAUUUGUCAUUCCUUGUUCUGUGUGACCCUCUGUUCAGCUGACUUGCUUUUUAAUUCCAUGCUUUAAUCAAGCAUGUUGCAAGCUCGUUAGUGCACCAAUUAUUCUGGAGGGCCAGACUCAAUAAAAUGUCAGGCUGAGACAUUUUUUGGCUGUGUUAUGUGGGACAAGACCAAAUUUGUAUAGAAUCAAGCCCCAGAGAAAGGCAUUGACACAUCUGACUGUAGUUUUUUGUUGCUAACAACUUACUAUGAAAUCCUUUUAAGAUAACUUAAGAUCCUAAUCACAAUAUUAAGCAUGUGUCAAUUUGAAACGUGUGGAGCUGCUUGUGCUUUAAGAUCAGCCAUGCGUGUAGAACUGGCCCACUGGGUUGGGCCUGUCUUCUGGCUGGGAAAACCUCCUUUUAGCUGCAGUAGAUCAAAUUUCUGCUUAAAAGUGAACUUGUCAGCAAAAGGAAGAAAACAUAAAUGCCAACGCUCUAUUGCAUGGUUUGUGCAGCUGAUAAUGGUCUUGGUACGCUGUCUUCUGAGUUCUCCUUCACCCGAGUUAAGUUGAUAUUAAAUGUUUAAUGUGAGUCUGUUAAACCAAAAAAAAAAAAAAAAAAAAAAAAAAAAAAAAAAAAGCCCAGCACCCUUCCCUGCACUUAAAUGAAUCUCUGCCUAUUGAAGUCUCUUAGGGUUGUAGGGUUCUUAUUCAGUUUUCUCUUUUUGGCUUGGCAAUUAAUUUGAUUCCCCAUUCCUUUCAGUUCACUUACAUUGCACUUGGAGCCACGUUUGCUUCCUGGUUUCGUUUCUUUUUGUCUUUUAUUUUUCAGCCGUGUGUGACAUAGGAAAAUCUUUUUUUAAGACCUGGUGGAUCAUUUGGGCUGAUCCGUUCUUGUUACAGAGAAACGUGUAAAUAGCUGGAAUGCAGUUUUUCAGGAGAUUCUUUAAAGUGAGAGUAGGGGGAGGGAAGGAGGUGAUUCUCUUGUGUCCCAAAGUCCGCGUCAGAGAGAAAUGAUUUCCUCUGGUGUGAAAACUAUUUUUGUAACUGGUUGAAAGUGCAGGUAACAGGUUUAUCAGGAAGAGAGUGAGGAAUACAGAGGUUAGCAGAUGCUUGUCUGAGUUUUUAAUGUCCCAAGCUGUUGAUUGCAGCUAUAGUUGCUUUGAGCAUUGACGAGGGCCACCUUUUGCCUAUGAAGUUGUCUCAAAAUAUUGCAUUAAUUAAAAAAGGAAAAAAAAAAAAGAAGAAAAAAAAAAAGAAAAAUGACAAAAAAAAAAAGAAAAACGCGUUAAUCCAAGUAGCAUUAGGUAUUGCUGUAUGAUCAGUUGUAUGGUUCUUUGAAAGGUUCACAUGAUUAUGUGGCAUCAAAAUUGUUUUUAGUGUUUUUACAGCAUCCCUCUGCCACUAAAUAGUUGACUUGAAUUUUGAAAACAAACGUUUGUGUUUAUAUGUAUAUGUGUGUGUAUAUAUGUAUUUAUAGAUCUGUGUGUGUGAGUUAAAAGUGAGUUAAAUAGUUUUUCCCAUGCAUGUGUAUUUCAUACAUAUCUGGCUGAUAUAUAUAUAUAUAUAUAUAUAUUUCACCAUACACCAAUUUUAUAAUUUAUUAAAUGUCAGUUAAAAAAAAAAUAAAAUAAAAGGAUAGAAAAUGGGAAAUACUUAUUUUUUAAACUCAGUCUGAUUUCAAAGUGAUUAAACCUACAUUAGGAAUAUGUCUCAUACAUUUUAGUCAUGAGUACUGACCCGGUAACCGCAGAGCAGCCGCGCCGUGUCCGUACCUUUUGUAAAGCGGAGCACCCAGGGACGUUAGCAGAGCUCAGCGAGGCGUGCAGCGUUCCCACUGACUGUGUACUGAAGAGGAGCUGAGGAGCAGCCCGCGUCCGUUUCCACCACGGUAUUAAAAUCUUUUUAAUUCACAUAUAAAACCAAUUGUGGUAAGACGGGAUCUGGCAUCUUGCUGCCCGCGCUUGGAGAUUGAGGCCGCCUGGUGAUGUCUUCCACUCCUCCCGCGUUGCCCCGAAGGGAAGGAAGGCUGCUCAGUUCGCUGCUGCCAUCUCCAACCUCGAUGCUCUGCAAAGAAGGGAGAGAAACGUUCCCGAAGCUCUUUGCGGUGUGAAUCCCAUACGCUUUGAGUAUUCAUGUUUCACGCUGGGGUGUGCUGUAUAGUCGAUAAUCUCUGUGCCUCUGACCACAGUUAACGUGACUUGGUAGAAGUCUCAGUCUGAGUUCUCAAAGUUCCCUGCAAAUGGAGCUCCAAUCUCCCCCAUCAGGUUGCCGAUGAGAAGAGCUGCUGCAAAGUGCUGCAGUGUGUGCCUGCUGAUGUGGGACAGCCGUGGUCCUUCGGUGGUGGUUCGUGUCCCUGAGUUCCUGCAGGGGAGGGACGGGGGUGGGUGCUCUGUAUGGGGUCAGGGUGUGCACACAGCGUGGGCUGGACGUGGCUCUGGGUCCUGGUGGGCAUUACUGCUGCGCUGUAAGGGAAUAAACCACCACACUGAACUCCAGUCUGCACCACGCAUUGAGAGCGUGUUGGUGCUGUCACAUCACAGGUGUGGUAGCAGCUCUGGGCCGGCCCACUGCCCCCCAUGCAGAGUGCCUGAGUGGAUGCAGGGCUGAUGGACAGCCGUGGAGCGGCACCCAUACACAGCGCUGUGGGGAGAGCAGUGGGAUGGGAAUUCCUCACUGCAGGUUCACAUUUCAGGGUUUUAAGCACAUUUAAAAUAUAUUAGAAAGGGUUUUGUUUUGUCAGUGUAACUGUUUUGGUUUUUUUCCUUUUUUUGUUUUCUAACAGAGCUUAGAUUUCUAACAAGGGAAAAUUGCUGGUGGUCCCCCAAAGUGCUGCUGUUAAUUGUUUUAAUUAACAAAGGGAAAAAAAUGUAUAUAAGCAGAAUAUUAAAAUGACCAUUAACUCAGAUCUGUCAUUCAUUGCCUUAAAACUUUCUCAUAGUUUCCAUACGGCAUGCCAAACCAGUACAUGGCUUUUAAAGAUGUAUAGUAGACCGAUGUCAGUUUGUAUAAAAGUACCAAGUGAAAAUAUUUAUUAUAUGCAUUGGAAAAAAAACAAAUGGUUUACCUAUUGAAUGUUACCUGUUUAUGUAGAAAUCUUUAGAUGUAAUAAAAAGCAUUCGGCUA